AUGCCUCAUUCAAAACCAAAUCAAGAAAUAUCUUCCAGGAAUUUACACCAAAAACAUUUAAAGACCGAACAGAAAAAGAAAAAUAAUAAUCCAUCAACAUUAGAAAAAGAUAAAAGAAGUUAUUCACAAGGUGAUAAUGAAAAAUUAAUUUGUGUGCAACUAAAUAUAGAAGAGAAUAAUUUCCCGAAUGAUGAUAAGAAUUUAUGGAAAAAGAAAUAUUCAUCUAAUUGUAAUUAUGAAAAGAAAAAAAAAAAUAAUGAAAUCAACAAAUUUGUAGGAGAAAACUUGUUCAAUAAAAAAUUAGAACAAAAUGAAAACACCGAUGAAUUUAAUAAAAUAAAAGAACAACAAACAAAAGAACAUAUCAAUGAAUAUGUUAAUGGAUAUACGGUUGGGCAUAUCCAUAAAAAUUCCGAUAGACAAAUUGACUACCUUAAUGUUGAUAGAUAUGCUGAAAAAAAAUAUGAAGAAGAAAAAAAUGAUUUUUUAAAUAACAGUAUAGAAAAUCAAUAUACAUAUCAUACAUUGCCAUUUACAACAAAUCCAAACAUGACAACAUAUCCUUGGGAAAACAAUUAUAAUAUGUAUAAUAUGUAUAAUAUUAAUGAUGUACAAAAUGGAAUAUAUAAUUAUUAUUUUGAAAAUGAAGCUUUCCAGAACAAUUUAUAUUGUACAUAUGACAAUAAUGGAAUGGAAAACAUAAAUUAUGGAUAUAUAAAAUACAAUGAUAUAAAAAAAGACAACAGAACGUUUAAAAAUUAUCCAUUUCUAAAAGGAGAAAACGUAAAUAAUAAUACUAUAUGUAUAAAUGAAAAUAAUAUGUUCUAUAAGGAACCUUAUCAAAAGUAUAUAUGGAAAGAUGAAAAUAAAUACACACAUAGGACAAAUAAUAGUCAUAAAAAGAAAAAAAGCAACAUCAGCAAGAACAAUAUGAACAACAAUAUGAACAACAACAAUAAUAAUAAUAAUUAUAAUUAUAAUAUUAAUAAUGGUAUUAAUAAUAACGAUUAUUAUUAUUACAAUUCCCAUAAUUUUAAAGACAAUAGUCAUAUUAUGAAAGGUUUUUUAAAGGAACCAAGUGUUCUUAAUAAUCCGAUUUAUUUAAAUAAUAAUACGCAUAAUUAUAUACCAUAUAAUAAUAAUAUUCAUAAGAAUGAUGCAUAUAUAUAUAAUAGUACGGAUUCCUAUAUUGCACCUUGUUUACCUUAUUCUUAUUAUUAUAUACCACCAUUUAACGAAACAAAUAUAAGAAAUAGUAACUAUCCACCUACAUAUUACCCAUUCCAUACAACCAAUAAUAAUAAUAAUAAUAAUAAUAAUAAUAAACCUGUAUAUUCAUAUUUAUAUAAUAACCAACAGAUUCAUCAAAUAAAUAAUAAUAUACAUCAAAAUGAUAUAACACAUAAAAAUGCCUCAAAUGCAUAUUUUAUAAAUUCUAAUACUUUAGGAAAAUCUUCUAUCUCAACAAAUUAUGUUUCUAAUAAUAAUGUGAAGGGAAAGAAUAAUUCUAAAUAUUAUAGAAUAAAAUUAUGUCCAUUUUUAAAAGAAGGAUUUUGUCAAAAAGGAGAUAACUGUUCAUACGCUCAUUCACCAGAUAAAUUAAGAAAUUAUAUUAAUUUUAAAAAAACCAAAAUAUGUGAAAUGUGGUUAAAGAAUAAAUGUGGAAAUACAAAUUGUGUAUAUGCCCAUGGAGAACUAGAAUUAAGGGCACCCCCUGAUUUUUUUAAAACAAAAUUGUGUAAAUUUUUUAAUACGAGUGGCAUGUGUCCUCUAUCUGAUAAUUGUCGACAUGCACAUGGACAGAAUGAAUUAAGAAAACCUGAUUACAGAAAUAAUGAAUAUCACGUAGAUACAUUAACAAAUAAAAAAAACGAUAAGCCUUUACAUUAUGAAAUAAAUAAUAAAAAUGUUUCAAAUAAAUCCAUUUUUACUAAAUCACAUAACAAAAUAAAUGAAAAUAAAAAUGAUAUAAAGGUUUCUAAAAACAUAAUUGAUAAUGAAAAAAGAGGAGAGUUACAAAAGAAAGAAGGAAACAAACAAAUAAAUGAAGGAAAAAAAAAUAAAAAAAUAAACAGAAAAAAGAAAACUAAUGAGAAUAAUAUAUGUAACCAAAGUAAUGAAGUUAAAACUUUAAUUAAAAAUAAUAAACAAAUUGUUCAUCAGAACAAGGAAGAAGAAAAACGACAAAAUAAAGAACAAGAAAAUCAAGGACAAAUAGAAAAAAAUAAAAAAGAUAAUGAAGAAUAUAAAUCACAAGAACAUGAUGAAAAUAAAACACAUGUACAAGAAGAAAAUGAAACACAUGUACAAGAAGAAAAUGAAACACGUGUACAAGAAGAAAAUGAAACACAUGUACAAGAAGAAAAUGAAACACAUGUACAAGAAGAAAAUAAAACACAUGUACAAGAAGAAAAUGAAACACACGUACAAACACCAAAUGAAACACACGUACAAACAUCAAAUGAAACACAUGUACAAACACCAAAUGAAACACACGUACAAACACAAAAUGAAUUACAUGAACAAUCGCAAAAUAAACAGAAAGACUGUGAAGAAAUAAUAGAAGAAGAAAUAGUACAAAAUAAUUCCCCAAAUCAUUUCCACUCUCAAGAAAAAAAGAAAAGAAUUCCAAAGAAAAAAAAAAAAAAAAGAAACUUAAUUAACUCUUCUAACAUAACUACUAAUUUGAACAAUAAUUCUAAAUGUAAUGAGGUUGAAGAAAGGGAAGAAGAUAAAGAUACUGAAAAAGAAACCAACCCUAAUUAUAAUAUAUUGAUAAACAACAUUAGAGGUGAAGAAGGAGAAAUCACUUCCCCGAAGGAACAAAACAUACCAAAAAAGGAUAUAGAAAUAAUUCCACUUAAAAAUGAAGAAUCAUUAAAUUUAAAUAAGAAUAAAUAUUUUUCUAAUAAAUAUAAUGCGGGACAUUUAGACCAUGUACCCUGUUACGAUACAUAUGAAAAGAAAAUUAUAAAAUUAGAUGGAAAAGAGAAUGAAAAAGAAUAUAAUAAAAUAGAACAGUGUGUAGAAAAAGUAAACAUAACAACAUGCAGUCAAAAAAGAGAAAAAAAAGAAAAUGAUAUAAUGACACAUCAAGGUUAUUGUGAAAAUGGUUGUAAAAUGAACAAUCAAUUGAACAAUAAUGAAAUGAUAAAAGAAAAAAAUAUAGUAAAAGUAAAAGAUAAUAAAGUAUUAAAUAAUAAGUUUAAAGAUGAUGAAAAAAUAAGCUUUGUAAAAUGUACCUUUGUGAAUGAGUCACAUAACGUGAAUUCUAAUAAUAAAAAUAAUGAUGAUAGAAAUAUUGAAAAAACAAAUAAUUACAUAGAUAAGAAUAUAAAAAAUAUAAAUAAAAAAAAAAAAUAUGGCACUUAUUCUAAAAAAGAGAAACGUUUAAAUGAGCAACAUAACAAUGAAGCAUCCCAUAACAUUUUAACAAAAAAUAAUGAGAAUACAAAAUUUAUAAAAGAUGUAAAUAACAAUAAAUGUAAGAAAGAAAAAUAUAAUGAAAAAGAGAAAAAAAAUUUGGAAACACCAUCACAUGGGAAAAUGGAAAAACACAAAAAGAAUAAAAUGGUAUUAGGAUAUAAAUCGUGUUCAUGUGUACAUAAUAUUAUUCGAAAUAGUAGCAACAAUAAAAAUCAAAAUGGAACAGGAAAUAUAUCAAAAAAAGAAACAAAUAAAAAAGAAGUGACAGAACCAUUGGCUAAGAGUUCUUCAAAUUGUACUACCACUACAACCUCUAGCAAUUAUAAAUAUAAAUAUAAUUAUAUGAAUACAUCUUUUACAACAUCUAAUAAUUUUAAUAAGAAUAAUUCGUUUCAAUAUAACAAGAAAAUAUUAAAGGGUAAGGUAUUCAAUGCAACAAGUAAAACUGGAUAUAUACAAAAUAUGCGCAUAAAAAAUAUGGAGGGAAAUAAAUAUAAACCUCAGAACAAUAUCAUAGUUAAUAAGAAUUUAAAUUAUUACCCUUUAGAUAAUUCAGGAAAUAAAAUAAUUUCUAUACCUAACUAUAACAACCCUAUAUAUAAUGUUAAUGAUACACCUAAUUAUUUUUUAAAUUCAUAUAUUGAUAAGAAUUUGGAUCCUAUAUCUCAUGAUAAUAUGAUCAGAAAAAUGAAUGAAUAUAAUAAUAUUAAUUAUAAUAGAGAUAAUAUAUCUACUAUGAAUUAUACAAAUUAUUCUCCUCAUGUAAAAAAUAAUAAAAUAUUAAUGAAUCAUAAUAUUAUUCCUAUGGAUAUCAUACCAAACAAUGGAAACUACUACAAUCAUAUGAAUAAUUAUAUAUGUGAUUAUAACAAUCCAUAUUACAACAUUCCAAAUAUGGGGAUUAAUAAUAAGAAUACAUUUGAUAAUUUUACAGUAAUAAAUCAUAAUAAAAAUAAAAAAAAUAAUAAAAAUAAUAGUAAUAUUUCCACGGAUAUAAAAAAUGAAGACAUUUCAAAUUAUAAACCACAUUAUCAUAUUGUACGUUCAAAAAAAGAAAUCAAUAUCAAGAAUGAUAGAACAAAUAAAUCAUUUAAUUAUAAUAUAAACUCAAAUUAUUUAAAAAAAAAAAAAAAAAAAAAUUUUUUUAAUUACCAUCCUAUAAAUGAAGCAAACAUAUAUAACAUAAAUGACUGUACAAAAUUUGAUACAUAUAAUUAUACAAAUGAACAAAAGGAUAUUUCAUCAAAUAAUAUAAUAUAUAACAGAUCAAAAAAAAAUUUCUUCUUUUCAAAAAAUAAUAAUAAUAAUAAUAAUAAUCUUUUAAUUAAUGAAAGGAAUAUACAAGUACCAACAACACCAUAUAUUAUGAACAACAAUAUAAAAGAAAAUACAUCUAAUAAUAUUUUAUACAAUAAUAAUAUUGGAAAUUAUAUGAAUAACAUAAAUAUCAAAUGGAAAAACAACCAUAAUGCAAAAGAUAUGAAAUUUUAUCAAGUUAUGGACAAAAAAAAAAACAGAAAAAAAAAAGAACAUUCCUUUCCAUAUGUGCAUAGUGAUAUGAACAUUGAUCGAAAUUAUAAUAAAGUGAAUAAUAAAAAUGGGAAUUAUACGAAUGAAUCUAUUAUGACAAAUAUAAAUAAUAUUAAUCAAAACAAUAAUAAUUCUAUUAAUAAUAAUAUUGCUAAUAAUUAUUAUAACCCUUGUAAUAUCUAUGAUAAUAAAACAUCUUUUAUUGAUGCAAUGAAAAAUAUUUCACAAGAAGAUGUACAACAAGCAUUUAUGCAUAACAUGAUGACAUUUCAAGAUUAA